UUAGAGUUUUUCUUCCGGGUUGUAAUCAUGGCGUGUUGCUGAACAACAUGUGAGUUUCUGCCGGAGAUUUAAUGCAAGGAAACAUUUCACACUAAAUACCGAAAUAACCAUUUGACAUCUAAAACAACAUCAAACAUGGCAUCAGCAGAGGAGGACUUCCCUCGAGGAGGGACGGCGAAGAAGCCCACCGAGAGUAAAAUAGUGGUGCAGCGGACAGAAGUGGACAACUUGUUCCAGCAGUCAAAAGAAAAAACCGAAACGAAGAAAAGGAAGGGGGCGAGCAAAGAUGACGACAAGAAGUUCAAGAAGCCAAAAACAGGCAAAGGAGGAGCUCUGACGCUGAAUACAGCAGCCAAGUGUGUGGAAAUUCUGCACAUGAAGAAUGUGAAGGAGGGCACCCUGAUGCUGGGCUGUGUGAAGGAGGUGACAGACUUCGAGGUGACGGUCGGUCUGCCUUGUGGCAUGCAGGGCUUCCUGAGCAUCAAGAACAUCUGUGACUCGUACACCAAGCUGCUCAGUGAGCAGCUGGAAUCAGCAGAUACAGAGGAGUACUGCUCCCUGCCUCUCCUCUUCUACCCCGGCAUGGUGUUCAGGUGUGUGGUGGCCAAGCUGGACGUGUCUAAAGGAGGAUCUCUGAGCAUCCAGCUGUCAGUCAACCCAAAGGUGGUCAACAAGGCUCUCACUUCAAGCUCUCUGAAGGCUGGCAUGGCCUUGAGUGGCUGUGUGGACAGUGUGGAGGAUCACGGCUACAUAAUAGACAUCGGCCUCAGUGGAAGCAAAGCGUUCCUGCCCCGGACCGCAGUGAGAAACAAUAACCCAGAAGAGCUCAAAGUGGGUCAGAACGUGGUUUGUCAAGUGGAAGAGGUGAAGAACGACGGGCGGGUGGUCCGCCUGUCUGCCAGCCCCCCAGCAGCAGCCCAGGCCUGUGCUGAGUCGGAGCAGGGCUGGAACCUCUCCAACCUGCAGCCUGGACUUCUGGUCAAAGCUACCAUCAAAAAGGUGACCAAACAUGGUCUGAUCCUGGACUUCCUGUCCUCCUUCAGUGGCCAGGUGGACUUUCUCCACAUGGAGCCAGAACAGAGAUCCAGCUACACUGAAGGAGCAGAGGUGCGAGCCUGUGUGCUGUAUGUGGAGCCGUCCACCAAACUGGUGGGCCUCAGCCUGCGCAGUUACCUCCUUCAGCCCGGGAGCAGAGUGGACCCUGCUCCUGCAGGAGGAGACCGCAUCGGGGAGGUGGUGCACAACUGCAAGAUGACCACAAUGCACCACAUGUCUGGAGCCCUGCUGGAGCUGCCAGACCAGACUCUGGCCUUCGUACAUAGGAACCACCUGAAGGAGUCUACAGAGACGUCUAAUGAGAACAGAGUGCUGGCCAUGAGUGAGCACACCUGCAGGAUCCUGGACUUCAGCGCCAUGGACCAGAUUCAUUUUGUCAGUCUGCGAAAGAGUGUGAUUAACAAGCCUUUUUAUAGAUACCAUGAUCUGAAGGCCGGUCAGGUGGUAGAGGGGACGGUGUCUGUCCUGCUGAAUCACGGCAUGGUGGUGCACCUGUCUGACCACAUUAAAGGCCUGGUGCCGCGGACGCACCUGUCCGAUAUCGUCCUCAAGAACCCAGAGAAGAAGUACAUAGAGGGCAUGAAGAUCAAAUGUCGGGUGCUGUCGGUGGACCCGGAGAAUAAGAAGCUGUACCUGAGCAGGAAGAAGGCGUUGGUGGACAGCUCGCUGCCGCUCUUCCUCAGCUACAGCGACGCCCGGCCGGGCCGCGUGUCCCACGGCUACAUCGUCUGCAUCAAAGACUUCGGCUGCAUCUUCCGUUUCUACAACAACGUCAAAGGUCUGGUGCCGCUCAGCGAGCUCAGCUCCGAGCCCGUCAUCAACCCAGAGGAGCUCUUCUACGUGGGCCAGGUGUUGAAGGCUAAAGUUCUCAGGUGUGACCCCGAUCAGGCCAAGAUGGUGCUGUCGUUUAAAGCUGCGAUGGAGGGAGACGCAGCACAAGCUGCCAAGCCGGAGUUUGACUGUGAGGUGGGAAAGAGGCUGGAGGCAAAGGUGCUGAAGAAGUUGAUCAGUGGUCUGGAGGUGUCCAUCCUCCCUGAGGAGAUCCGUGCCGUACUACCCACAAUGCACCUCUCUGAUCACAUGUCCAACUGCCCUCUGCUGUGGGAGAGCCUGCAGGAGGGAGACAACAUCUCAAACCUCAUCUGCGUCAACAAAAACAAGCAGAAUGUUACCCUCACCAAGAAACCAACAGUGAGAUGGUCACUGGAGGAAGGAGUCGUUGCUAAGGAUUUCUCUGAAAUCAGCGUUGGGAUGCAGCUGGUUGGUUGGAUCAAGAACAUCAUGUCGUACGGCGUCUUUGUAGAGUUCCCGUACGGUCUUGUUGGCCUGGCACCCAAGUCGGCCAUGACCGACAAGUUCCUCAGCGAUACGGCGAACGCCUUCCAGCCGGGUCAGACGGUGAUCGCUAAGGUGACCAACCUGGACGAGGAGAAGCAGCGUUUCCUGGUCACGCUGAAAAUGUCAGAGGCCAUUUCUCCAGAGGGCAACGCCCAAACCAGACUCAUUAACGGGCUGCAGGAGAGAAGAGCCGUGGCUGAAAUGUUAGCUAUGAGAGAAAACAGCGAUCUCCACCAGCAGCUGGUUGCUCUGCCUGUGGGUCAGAAGCUGAAGCUGACAGUAGAUGUUGUGAAGGACAGCGGGGCGAACUUUAAGUCUGAUGAGUUGUCUGGCGCUACCAUAACGGCCAGCAAGCACCAUGUUAUGGGUUGUAAGUUGGAUCCUGGACAGAAAGUGACUGCGGUUGUCCUCUGUGUUGACAUCCUGUCCACUUGUGUCCACGUGUCCCUCCUUUCCAAGUUCUUGGCGAAGAAGAAAUCUUUGGAUGAAGGAACAAAGUACACAGGGUUGCUGCAGCACAUCGACAAAGACUUUGCUGUCAUGUCAUUGGGCGAUACGGCCCAGCUGACUGUGAUCCAGACCAGCAACCACCUCAAUGAGGUCUUCAUGUCCGAGUCCGACAGGCUCAAGGCGGGGAUGAUUUUGGCCGUGGAGGUGAUAGAAGCCAGCUGUGCGGAGCUGCAGGGGCUCCCUCUAGUGUCAUGGUCGCGUGUUGCACCAUACCGAAAUCGCACAAUCUCAGAAAACCAGGAGAGCUCUACGGGUCACCGCUUCGGUGACAUCGUGCAGGGUAAAGUGCGGACAGUGAAGCCCACCUCCAUUUUAAUCACUCUAGAGGACGGAAGCACGGGCAGCGUGCACGUGUCCGAGGUGAUGGAGGUCACAGACGUGUGUCUGGGUACCUUCCCCACAUCCACGGUUAAAGUGGGGAGUACGGUCACCGCCAGGGUCAUCGGAGGACGAGAAGUCUCCAGUCACAGGUUCUUGCCCUUCUCCCAUCCCAGGUUCAGAUAUAACCUUCCUGAGCUCACUCUUAUACCCAGCAAACUGGAUAAGAGUAAAGAUUUAAAAGAAGUUCCAGCAACAGAUAAACUCAACAGCUACAAGGUCGGGGAAGAAAUAGCGUGCUUUGUAUCAAAGUUUCAUCCAGAGAAGAAGUCUUUCGAGGUCACCAUUGACCCGUCUAUUACUGGGACGGUUGAAUUGCUCGCCACCAUCACAGAGCCAAAAGAUGCCAGCCGUCCUGAUAAACUGUACAAACUGGGCCAAGCGGUCCGUGCCAAAGUGGUGGAAGUGGUGGAAGUGAGCUCAAAGCCUCAACGUCUUGUGAUGUCACUCACAGGUAUCCAUAAACUGGAGGUAGGCAGUGUUUCUUUGGGGAUUGUGACUGGUAUUCAGCCACGAGUUGGCCUCCUGCUCAAACUGCCCUUUGGCGGCGUGGGGGCUGUUGCUGUCACCGACGUGGCUGACGCCUACAAACAAAACCCCCUGGACGGGUUCAGCAACGACCAGCUGCUCAGGUGUUUCCUUCUAGGAGUUGAAAAUGACAAGUGGCAGCUGUCUCUACGUUCAUCAAGGCUGAACCCACAGCAGGCCAAACCAGCCAAGGACCCUGAGUUUUUGUCUAUAGACGAACUGCAGGAAGGCCAAAUAAUCCGAGGCUACGUCAAGUCUGUGGGAGCGCAGGGCGUCUACAUCAGGCUGUCAGCGAGCAUCACAGGAACAGCUCCGCUUCAACAAUCCACCAAAUACUCCGUCAGCAACCACAAGCUCCUCUCUCAGCACCUCACCACCAACAUGCUGCUCACUACCAAGAUCAUCAGCAUCGACAGAGAGGAGGAGCUGGUCCACCUCUCUCUGCUCCCAGAGGACACCGGGAAGCCAGACGUCCUCCCAGAGUCUCUGGGUCUGCCGCUGCGUCCCAUCGGAGAGAAGACGAUACAAGACACCAAGAAGAAGAACAAACGAGCAGCGUCUGAGAGCGAGCAGAAAGCAGCAGAGUCCUCGGUCCCGAAGAAGAAGAAGAAGACAAAGAAAGCAAAGACUGAUGGCAACGACAGCGGAGUGGAGGUGUACUUCAGAGAAGAGGAGGAUAAGGAAGAGGAAGAAGAGCCCACAUCUGUUUCAGUGAAACCGGUGACUCCCAGCUCAGCGGCUCCAUCCAGGCUGCAGGUGGCAGCAGGUUUCUGCUGGGACGUGGGGCUGAGCUCCCUGAAGCCGGCCUCGGCAGCGCAGGACGACGACUCCAGUGAUGGAGAGGAGCAGGAUGGAGGCAGCAAGCCCCAGAAGAAGUCUCGUCAUGAGGUGGAGCAGGAGAAGAAGGCAGCAGAGAAGGCUCUGGUGCAGAGGGAGAGCCAGCUGAUGGAUCCCAGCCUGCGUCCUCAGGAUGCUGCCGCCUUCGAGCGCCUGCUUCUGGCUUCACCCAACAGCUCUCUGCUCUGGCUGCAGUACAUGGCUCACCACCUGCAGGCCACCCAGAUCGAGCAGGCCCGCGCCGUGGCCGAGAGGGCCCUAAAGACCAUCUCCUUCAGGGAAGAGCAGGAGAAGCUGAAUGUGUGGGUGGCCCUGCUGAACCUGGAGAACAUGUACGGCACCGAGGAGAGCCUGAAGAAGGUGUUUGAGCGAGCUCUGCAGUUCUGUGAGCCCAUGCCUGUUUACCAGCAGCUGGCUGACAUCUACGCAAAGUCUGACAAGACCAAGGAAGCAGAAGGUCUUUAUAAGACCAUGGUGAAGCGUUUCCGUCAGAACAAGGCGGUGUGGCUGAGCUACGGGACCUUCCUGCUGCAGCAGGGCCAGAGUGAUGCUGCCAGUGCUCUCCUGCAGAGGGCGCUGACGAGUCUGCCCUCUAAAGAAAGUGUGGAUGUGAUCGCCAAGUUCGCUCAGCUGGAGUUCCGUUAUGGUGAUUCAGAGAAAGGUCGCACCAUGUUCGACAAAGUCCUGACGAGCUACCCGAAACGCACAGACCUCUGGUCCGUCUUCAUCGACCUCAUGGUCAAACACGGAUCACAGAAGGAAGUCAGGGCGCUCUUUGAUCGAGUGAUCCACCUGAGUGUCUCGGUGAAAAAGAUCAAGUUCUUCUUCAAGCGCUACCUGGAGUACGAGAAGAAGCACGGCACGCCGCAGAGCAUCCAGGCGGUCAAAGAGAAGGCCAUGGAGUUUGUGGAAGCUAAAGGCACCGAGGCUGCCGAAUAAUGACCAAAUACACACAUUGUGUAUGUGUGUGGACUGAGCCUCACACCUGUUUGUGGCUCUCCAUACUACAGGUUCCUCCUCUAAAAGAUCAGCUUCCUAGUUUUUAUAGUUGUGGACUGGGGACCUCUGAAGCUGAGAGUCAAGCCUUUGUAAAAUGCCUAUCUAUAAAUGUUAAAAGCUGCUGUUUAACAUUUCAUUUUAGUCAAUUUUGUAUGUGGUAUAAAGAGAAUAAUGUUAUGAGUGCAAGCUUUCUGCAUAUUUGAAUAGAUUUAUUCCUUCACAUUACAUUUGUGGGUGUAUUUCUUGUUGAUAUGGCCUGCCUUUAAAUAAAUCCAACACCAUUACAAUA